AUGACCAACGAAGAAAUUGAAGUUUUACAAACAAUUUACACUCAUGAUUUUACAAUUUCAAACACAAAUCCUAGAUGGUAUGGAGUAAUGGUUGCUACUGGUGAUUCAUACCAACAUGAAAACGACGAAAGUAUAGAACAACAAUAUGUUCAUGUAUUAUUUCACGAACCACCUGGAUAUCCUUCUGUGCCUGUCGAAGUUCGCAUUGCUACACCUGUGCUAAUCACGAAUUCAAAAGCCUCAAAUUCUUUAAAUGUAAAUGAUGGUAACGUUAAAGAAGAAUUAGAAAUUAUAUUGAAUUUAAAAGCACAAGAGAUGGCAAAUAAUGAGGAAUUUGCGAUGUAUGAAAUUGCAGAAUUAGCAAGAAAUUGGUUAUGGGAUAAUCAACAACUUUCAAAUACUUUUAAUGUUAGUCAUGAUUGGUGGGUAGGAGAAUUGCCAGAUAGAAUAUUUAAUUGGCAAACAAAUUCAUAUUCGCCUUCAAAAAUCACGGAACUUCAAUUUCGUGUGGAGUUUCAAGUUAUUGAAAACAUACAAGAAAACUGCAAUAUCAAAGUUGAUGUUGCAAAGGUUAGAUCCUUUUUAAUGAUGAAUCUUUGGAAUGUUGAAAAGACGAUUGAGGCUAUUACAAAGAACAUAAACGAAAAUAAUCACGACGCAAAUAUUAGCAUUACGCAUGUAGCCACUGAUGACGUUGAUGAAACAAGUUGUAACAUUUGUUUGGACACUUUUUUACCCUGUGAAAUGAUAACUUUUGUCACAUGUAAUCACAGAGUGUGUAAUGAAUGUUUAAUUCAAUACCUUUCAUUAAAAAUAUCAGAAAAUCGGGUGUUUACGAUUGAAUGUCCCGGUGCUAUCAAUUGUCCAUAUUUUGUUGACCCUAUAACAAUUGGACGAUUAUUAUCACCGAAAUUAGUUUAUAAAUAUUAUUCUUGUCUUCGUGAAUCCUUUAAUCAACUUCAACAGCACACAGAAAUCACAAAAAAAUCUACAUCAACCUCUCAUUCAACAAAAAAAUUUUCCUGGUGCAUAAAUCCUAAAUGUAAUCAUUCUUUAUCUCAACACAGUGCGGAUAGUAUUGAAUUACCAACAAUCUUACAUUGCAAGGGCUGUACUUCAACUUGGUGUUCCUCAUGUGAUGUUAUGAGUGGACACUGGCCAUCAUCAUGUAAAGAUUAUGAAACUUACCUUCUUACAAAUCAUACCAUAAAAUCUCUUAAAAUAAAUAAAACCCAAGCUUUUGAUGAUAUUAUGACGAAACCAUGUCCAAAAUGCAAAAUUUUGAUCUCCAAGAAUGGAGGAUGCAUGCAUAUGACAUGUAGGUUUUGUCAGUACCAAUUUUGCUGGGGUUGCUUGGUUGAAUGGAGAUUAAGGGUCCAUGGUAAUUUUUACGAAUGCGAUCAACAAAUUGACGGAGUUGAAACAUCAUUUGAAGUAUUUGAUAUAAAUGAUAUGCAAUUUUUACUUGGAAUACUUCAGAGAAAAUUCAAACAAGAUGUAAUUAUACAUUCACAAACGAUAAGAAAGGAACAAGUGGAUUUGGAUAUUUUGAUUAAACAAUAUAAAAACGGAUUAAAUACUAAAAACGUUAGAAAAUUGAGGAUUUAUAUAACUAAAUUAUUGAUACAGAUUCAUUAUGUCAUAAAAUUUGCAUCUGUAGGACUUUUUUGUAAAUCGGAUAAAGAUAAAAAUGAAGUUAAAAAAGGGAUGGAAAUUUUACAAAGGUUAGAAUUUGGAUUGGGAAGUUUAGAAAACGUCAGAGAGCAAAUUAUUGAAAUUGAAAGAGAUAAUUUUGGACAAGAUUGA